GCUCUUCCCCCUUUAGCGUUUACACAGCCACAGAAUCCACAAAACCAAAUCUUCUCUCCCCAUUCUCACAUCUCUGCCGUUAAUUAUCUAAACCAAUCAAUCUAACGAUCAAAAACAGAGCUUUGAAACUCCACAAGUUUGAUCAUUUGCUCUGAAACAGAGUAUCCUCUGUUCUUUGCUCUGUUUUUUUUUCAUCGAUGAGGAGGUUACGAGGGAUCAAAAUCAGAAGACCCUUUCAACGAAUCACAAGAUGGAUCCUCCGGAAAACCCGACUCCGCCGUUCGAGAUACAUUCGGUUAAGCCCGAACCGGCCGGUUUGCAAACCAAAACCCAUCGAGAAACUCAUAAGCUGGGGUCGUAGUCUCACAUCACACAGCGCCAGGUUUCUCGGGUGUAAAAGAUCAAACUCCGGAUACAUACCAAUCGGGGAGGAACCGGUUCGAACUAAACCCGACCCAGUUCCGAAAGGUCACUCUGCCGUCUACGUGGGUAAAAAAGACGGAGACUUUCACAGGGUUAUGGUGCCUAUCGUCUACUUCAACCAUCCUCUGUUCGGUGAGCUUCUGAGAGAAGCAGAGGAAGAGUUUGGGUUUUGUCAAGAAGGUGGAAUCACUAUCCCUUGUCCUUAUUCGGAUUUCAAACGGGUCCAGACCCGAAUAGAAUCCGGGUCGGGUUUUGGCAAGUUUCCAUGGAGCCGGCGCCGGCAAUAACGACGACGGAAAAGACGGUACACGAUGAUAAUGAUGAAAAAAGUUUGAUUUUUUUUUUUUUUACUAUUUUCGUUACUUUUUAGCUUUUUACCCUCUUUUGUUAGAUAUGCAUGUAUAUAUGUGAUAAUGUGAAAGUGACAUUUUUAGCAUAAACUAAAGACGAAUAGUCACGAUACUGUAAAUAAUUGAGAGAUUUUUCCAGUAACUGCAUGAGUGCUUUUGGUGGGACUAUGUGAUUA